UACAAUGUUUUAGUAUUCUGUCCUCGAUUGCAUUCUUGAAUACUGAAUAGUUUUGUAUGGUAUUCAUUUGGGAGAGGUGAUGAGUUUGUAAAACAAAUUUUGAAUAGUUGUAUCAAGAAAAUUUUGUGGGUUACAGAAUUUGUAUUUUUGGGAAGUAUUGAUAUAUACGAGUUUGAUGAAACGAUUAGUUUAAUUUUAGGAAUACUGUGUAUUUGACAUGGCUGCUAAUAAUUUCAUGGAAGUGAAAUUAAAUUAACAAGGUGUGUUUGGAGCAGUGCAAGAUAAAUUGUAUGCAUUAUGUUUUCCAAGAAAAAGAAGAAGCCACUGAUUUCUCCACCAAGUAAUUUUGAACACCGAGUUCAUACAGGAUUUGACAAAAGAGAAGGAAAGUUUGUUGGUCUCCCACUUCAAUGGGCUUCCCUCGUUGGUAAUAAUCAGAUAUUAAAAUCCACAAAUAGGCCAUUGCCGUUAGUUGACCCCUCCGAGAUUACACCCACCGAGAUAUUAGAUUUGAAGACAAUUGUAAGAGGUGAUCAUCGCUCUUCCUCAGUUCCUGCUUUGUCAAGGCCUGUAUCUGCAAACCCAUUGACACAGCCAGUACAUAAUGGUGUUGUUUUGCCUAAAACUUCUAAUGUUGCAAGAUCAAAUUCACUCAGGAGCAUGAGCCCACCAAGAAUUAGGAGAGAUCUCCGUAAUCAGCCAAACAUUCCUCCAUCAGUACCAGAAGAGUCUCCUCCUGUACCUCCAGCUCCUCAACAGUACCCAACUCUAAGACGGGAACAAAGUAAUUAUGCCUUGAAUAAGCCUGUCUCUGAUUCGCCUGUUGAAUGGUCUCACUCACACGAAGCCACUGUGAGACCAGUGACUGAAAUAAAUGACAAUCAACUGGCAGCUAUGACAUACCAAAAUAUACAGAAUGCUAAUGGACCAUAUCAACACAAUCACCCUCAACCCCAAAUGGUUCAAGGCUUGCAGCAUGGUAUGAAUGGAAAUAAUAAUGUUGGUGACACACAUCCAAAUACGGUACGACACCAACAGCCGGGACCAUUAGUCACGCCACAUGUACCCAUCACUGAAUCGAAGCACGAAUUGCGUUUAACGCAUGAACAGUUCCGAGCAGCUCUUCGCCUCGUGGUGAGUGAAGGCGACCCUCGAGAGACACUGACCGGCUUCAUUAAAAUCGGUAGAGGUAGUACAGGAGUAGUCUGCGCUGCUACUGAUACGAGAACACGACGAAGAGUUGCAGUCAAAAUGAUGAACCUCACGAACCAACAUCGAAGAGAACUUCUGUUCAAUGAAGUAGUGAUUAUGCGAGAUUAUCCACAUCCGAACAUAGUGGAGACGCACGCGUCUUACUUAGUGGGGGAUGAACUAUGGGUAGUUAUGGAAUACAUGGCUGGAGCCUCCCUUACACAGAUAGUAACACACGCAAGGAUGGAUCCGGAACAGAUAGCCACUGUCUGCAAACAGUGCUUGAAGGCAUUGGCAUUCUUGCACAGUCAAGGUGUCAUUCAUAGGGAUAUCAAAACGGAUUCAAUACUCAUGACUGAAGACGGAAGAGUGAAAUUGUCCGACUUCGGCUUCUGUGCUCAAGUAUCACAGGAGUUACCAAAACGUAAAUCAUUAGUCGGAACACCAUACUGGAUGUCUCCAGAGGUGGUACUACGCUUGCCAUAUGGUCCCGAAGUUGACAUUUGGUCUCUGGGAAUAAUGCUAAUCGAAAUGGUCGAUGGUGAACCACCAUUCUUUAACGAACCACCGCUUCAGGCCAUGCGGCGCAUCCGCGACAUGCCGCCGCCGCGGCCGCGCGGCGCGGCGCGCUGCCCGGCCGACCUGCUGUCGUUCCUGGAGUGCGCGCUGGUGCGCGACCCGGCGCAGCGCCACUCGGCCGCGCGCCUGCUGCACCACCCCUUCCUGCGCCGCGCCGGCCCGCCCGCGCUGCUCGUGCCGCUCAUGCCGCGCCCGGAGUGACCGGGGACGGCGAUACAGAAAUCGACAAGAUUAUAUUAUCUCGAAAAUAAUACGAAGAAGACGAAAUUUGUAGAAAGAAUGAAAGGAGUAUUCUAUUACAGUUUAUAUGGAAGAAACUAUAUUUUUUAAAUAGUUGCAUGAUAUAUAAUGUGUCGUUCCAAAAACAAUAGACAAAAGGUAUGUUGAAUUUACCCCAGUGACAAUCAUUCCACCUCGUAGCACUAUAAUACCUAAUAUUUCCCUAGUUUCGUUAAUAAUUUUAUCGCUAGUGUAACUUAUUGCCUUUAAUGUUAGUGAUAAUCAUAUCUUUCCACCCCGUCCAUGAGUAACUAUUUUGUAUACAUUAUAGUACAUACAAUGCAUACAAAUUAUAUUAACAAAAUCAAUUUACACUUUUAACUUGUAAUUAUAAAAUUAAGUAUUUAAUCAUAUUGUAUGUUUGAAUGAUUGUAGUAUGGUGACUGAAUCAGAGCUUAAAUAAUAUAUGUUAUGACAGUAUUAUAUCCAAUCAAAAUUGGCUAAUAAAUUUGUACUUAUUUGACUUUUAUUUUACUAAUGUUAAAUCUUAUGAAUUGAUAAAUGAACAUUAUAAAAUGUUGUAUGUGGAUUAAAUAUAAUUAUCAAUUGUAGUGCAAAUAUUUAAAAUUAAGUUGUUGUUCUAAUGUAUAUUAAUCGUUUUAGUUUCAACUAAACAUUCCAAGAUAUUUGACACAGACUGAAAAUUGUAUAAACAAUUUAAUACAAUUGUGUGAUUAUGAUUGUGCACCAUUAUUGCUUUAUUACUGAAAAUACUUUAUGCCAUAUAUAUGUUAAUGUUUGUUCUUAACAUGCUAUUUCUGAUACUAGUUUCUACAAGAUUAUGCUAGAGCACUUGUAUAGGGCUUGUCGGAAGUAAAUAAAUCUAAAAAAUUGUUUUGAUUUGUUUCAAGUUCACAUAAGCUAAAAAAGCUCUUGCAUUAAUAUCUCGAAUGAUCUAGGCACAGUGGUCACAAAACUACUAGUACUACUACACAUAAAUGUACGAAAUAUAAGUCAUAUUACAAAUAAAACUCAUGUUCUCUGUUACUUUAGUUUAGGAUAAAGUUUUACUCUAUAUAAUAUGCCCUGAGUUGCUGUUGGUGUUUGUUCUUCUCAUAUUAUACAAAUUGUCUCAUUAUUAGACUUUCUAUAUUUUAUCUUAAUAAAAACUAUAUUAUUAUACAUUUAUAGUUGUCUUUCACUUUAAUAUUAUUUUGAGACCAAGAACUGUCAUACAACAUUGAACAAUGUGAACUUGUACUGCGGAAUAAUUAUUUAAUUAAUAGCAUAUAUGACUUUCCAUUUAAAUGUUCUCUCUUGAACACAUGGCAUAUUAUAUGAGGUCAGAUUUUAAAACAAUAUACAAUGAAGAUGCAUUCUAAAGUUUUCUUUAUAGAUAUUGUUAAAGUAGGCAGCUAGAUGUAGUAAUUAUUAUUUUUAUUUGUACUUAAAUGUGGCAUACUUGUUAUUCAACCUCAAUCCGCCUUCAUUUUCAUCUACAAUUCAAUAAAAUUGCAAUGUAUUUCAAAAAUAUUCUAUUUAAUAUAUGUAUGUAUAAGUUGAAAUUGUUCUUAGAUAUCACUCUUAAUUCAGACCAGAUCAAUAUUAAAAAUUUAAAAAAAGUAAUAAUAAUUAGAUUUUCUACACCUUACCAGUACCUCAUUGCCGACAAGAAUGUAUUAGACAAUGUUUUUAUUGCCUUAAGUAGAUUUAAGUGCCUUAAUAAAGCCUAAAUAGUUCACUAUAAGCACGUAUUGCACUUGUUGUUUGUUAUUUAAUAAUAUAGAUGCCUUAAAGUGUGAUGUAUCAAACAUAUAAUGUCCCUUUAAAAUAAAUCAGUCGUAGGCAUUGUUAGAAAGAUAAUUAGGAUUGUUGACAAAUGUUUAUGAUUACAAUGUAUAAUUAUUAUUAUUCAUCUUCAACAAUGGUAAAUAUUGGUAUGCGAUUUUUGACAAUUAUUGCAGUUGACAUUAAAAGAUUAAUAAAUAGGUCAGGUAAAUCCUAGAGUUGUAAAUAUGAAACCAAUUAGAAAAAAAACAACUUAGAAUUCAAUUUAAUUAAACGUUUACAAUAUUCAGUAGUUGGAGCGUUUAUUGUUUCAUCACAAACUACUUUCAUCAUUCUCAAGUGACAAAUUAGAAGACUAAUUACUCAUAACUAUGUGUAUCAAUUUUCAUAAGGUAUAUGCCAAAUAUAUUGUAUUAUCACAUCGUUGA